AUGGCCUACCAGCAACCUUACGGCCAACAGCAGCCUUAUCCCCCACAGCCGGCCUACGGCCAGGGUUACCCUCCCCAAGGCUACCCUCCCCAGCAGGGUUAUCCUCCUCAGGGAUACCCACCCCAGGGAUAUCCUCCCCAGCAGAUGCAAUACGGCAACCAGAAUCAAGAUGAUAACCGCAACAACAAUAACAACAGUGGCGGCGGCGGUAAAGGAUGUCUUGGAGGCUGUUUGGCUGCUCUGUGCUGUUGUUUCGUUUGUGAGGAGGGCUGCGAGUGCUGCGCCGACUGUGUCGAGUGCUGCGAGCUGUGCUAA